AUGUAUAAUUCAGCAUCAGCAUCAUCAGCAUCAUCCGCAUCAUCAUCAUCGUCAUCGUCAUCAUCAUCAGCCGAUACACGUCAACCACAUAGUCCAAUCCGGUUGGGUUAUUUAAUACGUGUUGGUGAAAGUUUAAAUUUAACUUGUCCUGGUGAUGCUGUAUUUUAUCAAUGGAAUCUUAUAGAUCAACCAUUACAAAUAUUAUCAGAAGAACAAUUUUAUGUUAUUAAAUCAGCUACAUUGAAAGAUUCCAAUCGUUAUAUAUGUCAUGCUGUAGAUGGUUAUGGCCGAAGUUCCGUUGAAAUGUCUGUUCGUGUUCUAGAUUUCUCUUCAAUAACUGCACAACAUGAAUGUGCUGUAGUCAGUAAAACAGGCAGUGUAAAUAUAAACGGACCAUGUUUUUUGACAAGUUUCACUGAAAAAGAAUUAAAUCCAAUCAAAUCAUGGGGUGAUCAUAUUUUAUUUGAUUGUGAUGCUGUUAUGACUGAAAGUGAUGGUUCAUUGGAUAAUUUAAUUUAUCAAUGGGAAUUUACUAGUAACACUAUUGCUCAUGUUAAUACCAAUGAUAAUAAUAAUAACAAUAAUAAUAAUAAUUUACGAUCUGUUAAUCAAUUAAGCAGUACUGGUAGUAGUGGUACUAGUAGUGGAUCAGAUGUAUCGAAUGCUAUUAUUCAUCGACAACGUCUUCUAGUUCGAACAGCCUCAAUGAACAAUGCAAUUGCUCAUAGCAAUUAUCAUAAAUCUAAUAAGAUUGAUUUAAGUCAAUUUCAUGAAUCUCAACUACGUAUUGAUAAAUUGACUUUAGAGCAUAAUGGUGAAUAUCGAUGUACUGUACGAGCACGAAGCACAACCACUGGGGGAGCAGGUGCGGCAGCGGCAGGAGCUUUAUCAGCAACAAUCAAUAAUUAUCAUCAAACUGCACCAUUAAUUACAAGACAAUUUCGAUUGACUGUUAAAUCGCGAACCGAUGGAUCAAUAAUUGAAGGACCUCAUAUUACUAAUGAAACUGUUCAAGCCGGUCAAGAUGCUAUCUUUCAUUGUAAAGUCAAUCCAGAAGAACAUCGAUCAAGUACCAUACGAUGGGGUAAAAGUAUCGAUAUGAAUGAACGGUUUGCUUAUGAAGCAGAAGGAAGAGAAGUGAUUCAAUGGGCUGGUGGAACAUUUGUUGUUCUUCCUAGUGUACCAACGGCAUUAGCUUUAAAUUCUAAUCCAUCUAGACUAUCAGUGCUUGGAUCUGCCACUUCAUCAUCAUCUUCGGCAUCAUCAUCAUCAUCGUCAGCUGUGGCGGCAGCAUUACCUUCAGGUGCUGUAGCUACUGAAGUUUCACCAAGUCAAAGUAGUCAACUUGUACUGAGAAAAGCUAGCCAAUCAGAUUCUGGACGAUAUGUAUGUUCUGUAUUAACUGAAGCUGGACGAGAUGAUCAUAAAUUUGUUCAAAUAUCUGUAGUUGGCGGUUCAUCAAUUCAAAGUCAUCAAUUAAUUGAAACUAGCGGACCACAUCGUUUAACAUUAUACAUUGCUAUACCGACAACCAUAUUUUUCAUUUGUCUAUGUGUUGUAACUUAUUGUUUGAUCAGUCGACGUACCACUACACAACAUCGACGUUUAUCUAAUCUUCGACAACAACAUCAACACCACCAACAACAACAGCAACAACGUAAUUAUUUCAAUGCAAUACAUCAGUCACAAAUUAAAUCACCAUCUAUAACAAGUCAUACUGGUUCCAUUGGUGUAUAUCCUAAUGGUGUCAAUAUGAAUGGUACUACUAAUACUACUACUAUCAAUAAUAAUAAUAAUAAUAUUAAUACUAAUAAUAGUAAUCAUCAUAAUGGUUCAAUGAAUACACAUUUACCAACUGCAAAUUUCCCAAUUAAUUUACAUGGUACUAUACCAAUGAUCUCUGGGGGUUAUCCGACAAUUUUAAUUCAACAACCACAAUCGCAAUCGCAACAACAAUCACUAUCGAAUUCAUUGCCAACUUAUCAUCAAUCUGUACCAGCAUCGAUUACAACUGGAAAUAAUAAUCAUAAUCAUAAUAAUAGUAAUAAUUUAGCAUGUUAUACAAAUGGUUUAAUUUAUCCAUUACCGCCAAAUGGUAGUCAUAUUAUUCAUUCAAAUCUUACAUCCAAUUCAAUGUUCAAUUCAUCAACAGAAUCGCCAACGUCUGGAAUUAACACCAACACCGCCAACAAUAAAAUUGAACCAGUUGAAGGUAGGCUAAUGUUUCAUCCUCAAUCCGCGUUCAUUAGUAAUCAGUAUCAUAUGAAUGAUACAUUUCGACAUUAUGAUCAAUCUAAUGGAAUAAUUCAUACAACAACAACAAAUUAUGACAUCACUCCAACUAUCACUACUACUAAUACACCAUCUUCAUUAUUAUUAUCUUAUCCAAAUCAUACUAGUACAUAAAAAAAAAAUUUUUGUUUAAUUAUUCCCUCCCCCACUCAUUCACUCACUCACUCCAUCACUCUCUCACUCAUUUGCUCACUCGCUCA